AUGCCGUUGAUAGACGAUGGCUUCGAGGCCCUGCUGGAGCCUUUCUACAACGGCAAGAAGCUGACGGAUCCCAUCUCGACCAAGGAAGACAAGUUCCAGCUGCUGCCGGCCUUCCUCAAGGUUAAAGGCCUUGUAAAGCAGCACAUUGACUCAUACAACUUCUUUGUCGAAACCGAGAUCAAGGAAAUCGUCCGCGCCAAUCGCACCAUCCGCAGCGAUGUCGACAGCAACUUUUGGCUAGACUUCACCGAUAUCCGAGUCGACCAACCUCGCCGACUAGACUACACGGACUCCAAAUCCCGAACUGAGGUUACACCAAUGGAGUGCCGACUCCGCGACAUGACAUAUGCCGCUCCCAUAUUUGUCGAUAUUGCAUAUAUCCGUGACAAGCAGAAGAUUGUCCGCAAAAAUGUGCCGCUUGGACGGAUGCCUGUCAUGCUCAAGAGCUGCAAGUGCCGACUUAGCGGAGCAAACAACUCUCAGAUGGAGCAGAUGAACGAAUGUCCCUUGGACCCCGGUGGCUACUUUAUCGUCAAUGGCACCGAGAAAGUCAUUCUGAUUCAGGAGCAGCUCAGCAAGAAUCGUGUCAUUGUCGAAGCCGACGAGAAGAACGGCGUCAUCUCCGCCUCGGUAACCAGUUCCACCCACGAGCGAAAGUCGAAGACAUAUGUUACAUUAAAAAAGGACAAAAUCAACCUCACCCACAAUAUUCUGGUCGAAGGCAUCCCUAUCGUCAUCAUUCUAAAAGCUCUAGGAGGUCUUUCGGACUACGAGAUUAUGCAGCUUGUGGCAGGCUCAGAUGGCCGAUAUCAGGAUGAAUUCCUCGUCAAUUUUGACGAAGCUGCCAAGGCCGGUAUCUUCACGCAACACCAGGCGCUGGAAUACAUAGGAUCGCGCGUCAAAAUGGGCUCGAGGAAAGGCCAGUUUGGUGCUCAAGCUCGCCGCAACAACGUCGAAGAGGGACUGGAUGCUCUAGCCAAUCUUAUCAUUGCCCAUGUCCCCAUUGACGGUCUCGAUUUCUACCCCAAGGCCAUAUAUGUGGCUAUGAUGACACGGCGAGUUCUCAUGGCCUCCCAGGAUCCCAAGUUGGUAGAUGAUCGAGAUUUCGUUGGAAACAAGCGCCUUGAGCUGGCUGGUCAGCUGCUCUCUCUCCUCUUUGAAGAUCUUUUCAAGAGAUUCAUGGGAGAAGUCAAGAUGUCAAUCGACAAGUUCCUGAAAAAGAAUAAUAGAGCUGUGCCCUUGGACGCUGUUCACAUGAUUAGCAAUCAUGCCAAUAGCAUUGGCUUGGGAAUCAAUCGGGCUAUUCAGUCAGGAAACUGGAGCGUCAAGCGAUUCAACAUGAACAGAGCCGGCGUCACUCACGUUCUCAGUCGACUCAGUUACAUCAGCGCUCUCGGCAUGAUGACAAGAAUUAGUAGUCAGUUUGAGAAGACAAGAAAAGUGAGUGGGCCUCGAGCUCUUCAGCCUUCGCAAUGGGGUAUGCUUUGCCCCUCCGAUACGCCUGAAGGUGAGGCGUGUGGUCUCGUCAAGAACCUUGCUUUGAUGACCCAUAUCACAACAAACGUGGACGAGGCACCCGUGAUGCGGUGGAUUUUCACCCUUGAUGUUGGCGUUGAGCCGAUUAGAAACUUUUCAGGCGCUGAGAUGCACCGCGAAGGCUCCUACAUCAUUCACGUCAACGGUACACCGUUUGCACUUACCAGAUAUCCCAAGAGAUUUACGCAUAGAUUCCGCACAAUGCGUCGCCGCGGCUGGAUCUCGCCCUUUGUCGGCAUCCACACCAACUCACACUUCAAUGCAAUUCACAUAGCUACCGAUGAAGGCCGUAUUUGUCGGCCGUACAUCAUUGUCAAGAACGGCAAGCAAAAGCUCAAGCCAGAACAUCUCCGUCUUCUCCAGAUGGGUAAGGUCACCUUUGAUGACUUCCUGACAAAGGGUAUCGUAGAGUACCUGGACGUCAAUGAGGAAAAUGAUGCUCUCAUUACCAUCUAUGAAGAUCAAGUAACAAUGAGCACGACCCAUCUGGAGAUUGAGCCAUUCACGAUUCUCGGCGCCGUUGCAGGCCUGAUCCCCUUCCCGCACCACAACCAAUCGCCUCGAAACACCUACCAAUGUGCCAUGGGUAAACAAGCCAUUGGCGCCAUUGCACACAACCAGUUCAACCGAAUCGACACUCUCCUAUACACCCUAGUUUACCCUCAACGGCCCAUGGUCAUCACAAAGACUAUUCAGCUUAUCCAUUACGACAAACUCCCUGCUGGCCAAAACGCCACAGUCGUCGUCAUGUCAUACUCUGGAUACGAUAUCGAAGAUGCUCUGGUCUUGAACAAGGCAUCGAUUGACCGAGGAUUUGGGCGCUGUCAGGUCUUCCGUAAAUAUACGACUGAGCUUCAGAAAUACCCGAACGGAAGGAGAGAGCGAAUAGGCGACCCACUCAAUGAGAUAGACAACGGCGUCAUGCGACGAAUCAAGAAGCACGAAGCGUUGGAUGAUGAUGGCCUAGCCAUUGUUGGUCAGAGAAUUCACUCAGGAGAGGCAAUGGUCAAGAAGGAGACACCUCUCGAUAUGACAACAACGGGUAUUGGUCUUGAUCGUGGACCCAGCGAGUACCGCGACACCGCAGUUUCAUACCGCAUCGCUGAUCCGGCUUACAUUGACAAGGUCAUGAUCUCGCAGACAGAAAAGGACACGACAGUCAUCAAGGUUCAGACGAGGCAAACCCGUAGACCAGAACUGGGUGACAAGUUCUCUUCUCGUCACGGACAAAAGGGUGUCGUGGGCAUCAUUGUCGACCAAGAAGACAUGCCAUUUGCUGAUAGCGGUCUGUGCCCUGAUAUUAUCAUGAACCCGCACGGCUUCCCCUCUCGAAUGACAGUCGGCAAGCUGCUUGAAUGCCUGACUGGCAAAGCAUCCAUUGUUCACGGCCGCAAAGAGUAUGGUUUCGGUGACGCUUUCCGAUCUCAUCCCGUUGAGCAGGUAAGCGAGGUCUUGGUUGAUCACGGCUUCUCAUGGGAAGGCAAGGACUACUUCACAUCCGGUAUCACCGGAGAGCCACUUGAGGCGUACAUUUUCAACGGUCCGAUCUACUACCAACGUCUGAAGCACAUGGUGCAGGACAAGAUGCACUCUCGUGCCCGUGGUCCCAGAGCCAUCUUGACUCGACAACCUACAGAAGGUCGAUCGCGAGACGGUGGUCUACGUCUGGGAGAGAUGGAACGUGAUUGUCUCAUCGCCUAUGGCGCUUCUCAGCUUCUCUUGGAACGGCUCAUGCUGAGUUCCGAUGGAGUCAUGAUUGACAUUUGCCAGCAGUGCGGUCUUUUUGGAUACCGGGGAUACUGUGGCACGUGUAAGAGCACAAGAGAGGUGACGAAGAUGCAGAUGCCGUAUGCUGCCAAGUUGCUGGUACAGGAAUUGAUCAGCAUGAAUGUCGGAGUACGACUGCAGUUGGAGGACGAGUUCCCUCAUCCCAGUUAG